AUGAGGGAAUGGGAGGGACACUUUGGAAAAGUGUUGAGGGCAGUGGAGUGGAGAGUGAGAGGGUUGAUGAGGGGAAGAGAAGGAGUGGAGGAAGAUGAUAUCAGUAUGGAAGAAAUAUCAAGGGCGGUGUACGCAACGGUACUUGCGGAGAGAUUGAGGGAGGAAGUGGAGAGGAAGAGGAUACUCGCACCAAGUCAAACGGGGUUUAGGAGAGGCGUAGGCACGAUUGAUCAGAUCUACGUAUUGAACUAUCUGAUAAACAAGAGAGUGGCGGUGAGGAAAAGCAAGAUGGUGGUGCUAUUUGUAGACCUGAAAGCUGCGUUUGACUCGGUGGAUAGGGAAAUUCUCAUACAGAUGAUGAGGGAGAGGGGAGUUAGAAAAAGUUUGGUAGUGAGGAGGUACUGGAGGAGACCAUAA